GUCAAUCGACAGCUGAUGUGUUUUGACGUUUUGUGCUUCGUUGUAGGGUCAGAUAGAAUUCGGAGCUAGAAAUUACGGGGGAAUACGGAGUUUUUCAUACAUUCUAUAUUUUUUCAGUUUCUAAAAACUGCAUUUUGAUUGAAUGAAAAGAAAUGAGUGCAAUAUUCAAUUUUCAAAGUUUACUGUCGGUAAUACUACUCUUGAUAUGCACCUGUGCAUAUUUAAGAUCAUUUUUCCCUAGUAUUAUGGACCGUAAUAAGACUGGAUUGAUGGGGACCUUUUGGAAAUGUGCCAGGAUUGGGGAAAGAAAAUCUCCAUAUGUAGCAGUGUGCUGCAUAGUAAUGGCAUUCUCAAUAUUGUUCCUUACUUAAGUUAUUGCUAUGUUAGUUUUUAUACUGUACAUUAAAAUUAUUUUAAGAAUA